AUUACGACCAACUUGGUAUAAAACCAUGACCGGAUUUAUUCAAGUUGCUUGAUACAAGUUCAGCUGAGAUGGAGCGUUUAACAAUCUUUGUCUCCAUUUUCUGUGUUCUUUUUGUUUAUUCUGAAGCGGGUUGUUGGGGUGAGAGAGGAAAUGGGUACUAUUGUCCAUAUAAAGGAAGAGCUAUUAUGCCAGGCCGAAGUUAUGAAAAAACAACUGGUCCAAACUGUUUUAAGUGCACAUGUUCUGAAGAUGGAAAAUCUUUAAACUGUUGCGACACUAGCACGAUCAUCACAAGCUUUCCGCCAGACAAAUGUAAAGUUAUAUUGGUGGGAUGUGACGAGGUAGCUGUCAGCAAAUUCGACGAAAGCAAGCCCUGUCCAGGUCAAACAUCAGGCAUUAAAGGAUGAAAUGUGUAAACAUUUACAAAUAAACAAUUAUUGUCAAGUAACCAGACAAUCAAGUAGUUGUACUUAAGUUA